AAGGACCUUUAUUAGAUGAAUGUAGCGAAUCAACACUUGACAUGUAAUAUCCGUGCGAGCGAGAGAGAUUGUUUGGAUAGUUUUGUUUCGAAAAACCCCCGAGUCUUCUUUGACCUUUGAAGUGGUUUCUGUCUGUGUCCCUUCUCACUCUCUUCAAUCCGAGCUCACCUUCGCCGCGUUAAAACAAUGGCGGCUCUAGAGAGGAGCCCACCUCCCGGAACGUCGUCUGCGAUGAGGAAUGCUUUCGGGACCGUUCUCUCAGCUCUCUUGGAUCCGCGACUGAUCGUUGUCAGAAAAUAUGAAAGUGUGAUUCAUGAGUUUGAUCCUUACUUCAACUAUAGAGUCACUCAGUUCUUAUCGAAGAAUGGAAUAUACGAGUUCUGGAACUGGUUUGAUGAUCGAACCUGGUAUCCUCCUGGCCGUGUGAUUGGAGGAACUGUUUACCCUGGGUUAACAUUGACUGUUGGAACCAUCUGGUGGGUCUUGAAUUCAUUAAACAUUCCUCUGUCUGUAGAGACUGUUUGUGUCUUCACUGCACCUGUGUUUUCAGCUUUUGCGUCAUGGGCAACUUACCUUUUGACCAAGUAAGUUAAGGGAUCCGGUGCAGGACUAACAGCUGCUGCUCUUUUGGCCAUGGUUGUGUUGGGCACGCUGUUAGCUGCGUUGGUACCUGUCGUUGGCUUCAAUGCGGUUUUGACGUCUGAACAUUUUGCCUCAUUUUUGGUUUUCAUCAUCAUCCACGUUGUGGCACUGGUGUACUAUAUCAAAGGCAUUCUUUCUCCUAAAAUGUUCAAAGUUGCUGCGACACUUGUUGUGUCUAUCGGCUUGGUUGUGUGUCUCAUAGUUGUGGCAGUUCUUAUGGCAUUGGUGGCUUCAAGUCCAACAGGAGGAUGGAGUGGUAGGAGUUUGAGUCUACUUGAUCCAACUUAUGCAAGCAAGUAUAUUCCAAUUAUUGCAAGUGUCAGCGAGCAUCAACCUCCAACUUGGCCGUCCUAUUUCAUGGAUAUCAAUGUUUUGGCUUUCUUGGUCCCAGCUGGCAUCGUUGCGUGCUUUUCGCUUCUAUCUGAUGCGAGCUCUUUCGUGGUACUCUAUAUCGUAAUGUCAGUAUACUUCUCCGGAGUUAUGGUUCGUCUUAUGCUCGUGCUUGCUCCAGCAGCCUGCAUCAUGUCUGGAAUUGCGCGCUCUCAAGCUUUUGAUGUUUUCACGGCUUCCAUCAAAUACCAGUUAGGUGAAAUGUCCAAUUCCAAAGAUGAUCCAGAGGACAAGACUUCUACAAACAAUGAAACAAAAGAUGAUGCUUCUUCUGCUAAGGGUGAAAAAGUUGCCAAAGAACGGCCGUCAAAGAAGGGUAAAAAGAAAGAGAGAGAACCUGCUGAUAAACCUACUGUUAAGUCCAAGAUUGUGAAGAAAAGGGCUCUUGUUUUGCCUCUUGAAACCUCUAUAGUUGCGCUUCGUCUCCUCAUAAUGUUGGGUGCUUUCUAUGUGAUUCAUUGUGUUUGGGCAGCUGCAGAAGCAUACUCAGCUCCAUCAAUAGUUCUGACAUCGCAAUCUCACGAUGGCCUACAUGUCUUUGAUGAUUUUAGAGAGUCUUAUGCGUGGUUAAGCCAUAACACUGACGUGGAUGACAAAGUGGCAUCAUGGUGGGACUAUGGUUAUCAGACGACAGCUAUGGCUAACAGAACUGUUAUCGUCGACAACAACACCUGGAACAAUACUCACAUUGCAACUGUUGGCACUGCAAUGUCAUCUCCAGAAAAGGCGGCGUGGGAGAUUUUCAACUCAUUGGAUGUGAAAUACGUUCUUGUCGUCUUUGGUGGUGUUAUUGGUUACUCAAGUGAUGAUAUUAACAAGUUUCUGUGGAUGGUGCGCAUCGGAGGCGGCGUCUUUCCUCAUAUAAAGGAAGCUGAUUAUCUGAGAGAUGGCCAAUACCGGAUUGAUUCUGAGGCCACACCAACAAUUUUGAACUGCCUUAUGUACAGGUUUGUAGAGACAGAUGGUAAAGGUUAUGAUCGGGUCAGGCGGACAGAGAUUGGGAAGAAAAAUUUCAAGCUCACACAUUUUGAAGAGGUUUUCACGAGUCAUCACUGGAUGGUUCGGAUAUACAAGCUGAAACCUCAAAAGAACAGGAUUCGUGGUAAAGGAAAGAAGCUGAAACUGAAAACAAGCACUGGAUUAAGCUCAAAAACAGCGAAGAAGAAUCCGUGGAUGUAGAAAUCCUAGAAUUGUCAAUGUUGGAUAGUGAGUUCUAUUUGGAUUUGACUUCAUUCUUUAUUGUGGAGAUUUACAACACUACAAGAAAACACAGUUUUAGCAAGGAAAUUUAACGAGGAAAACUAUUCCUCGUGAAAUUACGAUGACUUAACGAUGAAA